AUGGGGGAGAAAAUCACAGAGAAACGAAAGUUGGAAUUAAGAUAUGGCGUUCAUCUCUCUCACCCCGUCAUUAAAUUCGCUGCCAAAUUUCUUCAAGAAUGUGAAGGAAACUCGAAAAUGGUUGAGGAUAAUAAUGUUUGGGAGCUGAUUGAGUGCGCUUGCCAGAGGUGGAGGACAAACUAUGAUUCAGACAGUGAGGAAAAAGAGUUGGAUUGGGACGAGUACUAUCUGAAUCGCGCAUUCGUUGAGGCCACCGAACUCAGAAAAGAAAAGUCCCUUUUUUGUCGAUCAGUCCUGCUGCCUCGUGUUGAGAAAGAGUUUGCGGAUUUCACCAACAAAUGGGAUGACUUCAAACGUAAGUGGGCUCGCCCGACGGAGCGGAUGAGACAUAAAUCUGAAGAAAGAGUCGGUUUGUUAGAAAGAUUGCGUGAUGCGGUGGGUCGUGUGAAUAAAUAUGCAGAGGUGGACGAGCUUAUUAAGGUGCUUCCACCACUCGGUUUUACCGCACACCGGCUGAUGGAAACCAUUCCCAUCGCAUUUCACGAAAGACGUGCAGUCUUGGAACUCGAUAUCCUGCAAGCGAUGAGUUCCAAGACGGGUCUUCCCUUGAAGUGUUUCCAGUCACAUUUGGAGCUGAGGACUAAGCUUGAGAAUAUGGGGCAGAGGUUAUCCGAGAGGUUAGUUGGAUUGGAUGAUUUGGUCGUCAAGAAGAUCACGUCGGCUUUGUUGGCUCGGAAAUUCUCAGCUUCUUUUUUCUUUCUGGGACGCCAUGGCUGUGGAAGGACGAAGCUGGCGAGAGUUCUUGCGGAGGAACUCUUCGAUGACAAAGGCCGGAUUAUGAAACUUGAUAUGUCCGAAUAUGGGGAUUCGGAUUGUGUCUCGCGCCUCAUUGCAGCUCUCAACGGGGAUAAAAGACGAGGAAAGAUUGUGAUGCUUGAUAAUAUAGAGAAUGCUCAUAGCUGCUGUGAUGAGGUUCUUGUUGGUUUAUUGAAGGACGGUAGAGUGAUAGAUGAAAACGGCGUCCAUGUUGAUUUCUCGCUUGACAUACUUAUUGUCUCGUCACACGUCGGGCAUCAGUUUCUCUUUCAUUGUCGAUGUCUUCAUGAAACUUUACCAAAAAUCCCUUUCCGGAAAAUAUUGAAAGAGCCCACACUUGUUCACCGAGGGAUGCACCUGGACCCAGGAAAGGCUUUCGAUGGCUGUGAUAUUCACCGUUUUUAUGUUGAGGUUGCUCAACGGUUUAGGGCUGAGUUUGUUGAUCUUUUUGAUGACUUGCUCGUUUUCCCUCGUAUGAGACCGUGGGACUAUUACACCAUCUUUUGGCUGCAACACAGGGAGGCUGCCAUGCGCAUGACAUCAUCACACAACUUUCCAGUCAUCAUGUACCCAACAGAUGCUGCAUUAAGUUACAUGACUACUUGGCCAGAUAUGUUUGAAAGAGGUGCACAUGCCUAUGAGACAUGGUAUGAAGCCCAUAAGGUCCAGAUGUUGAAUAGAGAUAUUCUAGAGAAGGUGACAGAUAAGACGAUUAUCAUAUACAUUGAUACAUUCCUAGGUUCCUGGGAAUAUUCUUUCAGAGUUGAAACUAUUAGUCAUUUGGAGGAACAUCCCGCGUUUCAGAUUUUGAAAGAAAGUAUACGGCAUUUGAGGAGCAAAUACCGUCGCGAAAGACAACAAGUGAACAAGAUAUAUAUGGUUUUGGCAAGCUACUUCUGUCUACUCGAGCAAAUAAACUCCAAGUCUGAGACAAAUGAUGCCAAUAUUCGCAAGUUGUCUGAGAAAAUUGUUAUACUAAUUGACGAAGUUGUUAAGUUUGAGAAGGUCCAAACGGAGGACUUUUUCGACAAGUGUUCCCCAAGUGAUCAAGAGACAAGGAUAGAGGCUAGUGAGUGGUUGAAGCUCGUGUCCACCAAAUUGCAGACUUCGUUGGUACUUAAAGAAGAUAGAGCGACACGUGGCACCAUUGAGGUGUUAUUAAGUCAGUUAAAUAAUAAUGGUGAUCAGUCUACCAAGUCAUUUCUUUGUCUGGGUCUCAAGCCUAAUAGUUUGGAACAAUAUGCAAAAAGCCUUGCACAACAGCUUGUGAUUGAUGAUGGGGAAAAGUUAAUGAUUCAAGUCGACUUAUCACUGUGCACGGGACCUGAAUCAUUCUUCAGGUGCUCAGACAUUGGUAACCCUCAUCUGUUGCUUAUGGAGUUUAUUAAGAAAAGCCCUUAUUCGGUGAUUGUGUUUUAUGAGCUGGAGAAGGCACAUGUUGCUACUUUUAGCAUAAUUCUGUCCAUUCUUGAAAGAGGUGUAACCAAGGAUAAAGACGGGAACAUAGUGGAUUUUAGUCAUACUGUAAUUGUUAUCGUCUCACAUCUAGGGAAUAAGGAGAUGAUUGGCGGGUUUAAUGGGCAUCAUACGAAAAUCGAUCUGUCUGGUUUUUUUAAAUCCACUCCAAAAGCUAUGGACGGGUUUUCGACUUCAUUGCCUGGUGAAAAGGGAUUGAUAGGUCUAAGGACGGAACUACUAAAUCGGUUGGAUUUCAUGAUAUUAUUUGACCCUUUCUGUGAGGAACAGCUGAAUGCAUUUGCCAAAGUGGGCAUGAAACAUUUAAGAGACGGUGAUGGGUGGGGUUCGUUGAGUGUUGCAUUCCGUAAUCUGUUUAAAGCAGAUGGUAAUAAGCGACCUAGUUACACCACACACGACAUGCUCACAACCAUAGUAUGUGCUGGCGGCAAAGACGCCAUAGUAAGAUACCGGUGUGGCUGA